CCACGCCCCCGUCUCAGCCGCCCGCAUCUAUUACGUACCAUUUUGUUUGGUUUUUUGGGCGCCCAAACGGCGAUUUUAAAGAAUACGAGAUCGCAAACCCGACCACCGACGGGUGCCACACGAAUAUAGAGUUCGAACGGCUCAUAAAUACGAAAUGUGACGAGUUUAUUUGCGUAUUUUUGCACGGGUGUGCGUUCGGCGACGGGGCGGAGACGCCGGCGCGGGGCGCGCUCGCCCGGUCGCGACGGCUCACUCGCAGACAUGUCUCGGCCGCGGACGGAGCGCGGCGCGGCCGGCGCCCGCAGUGCGCUCGCGCGGUAGUGUGACAUGCGCUGCGCCCGUGUACCAUGGAUGUGGUGACUCCUCACAUAACGUCAGUGCUGAAGACGUACCAGGCGCACGCGCCGCGGAGCCUGCAGGGCCCGGGCGUGCAGGGAGCGCGGCCGGCGCGCAGUCCGCCGCCGCCGCCGCCCGCGCCCAACCCGCCCAUCCUGCUGGCGCCCGACCGGGUGCGCGGCGAGCGCGGCGAGACCCUGCUCGAGGGCGAGCCCAUCUCCUGCUUCAGCGUGGGCGGCGAGCGGCGCCUCUGUCUGCCGCAGAUCCUCACCUCCGUGCUCACCGACUUUACUUUGGAACAGAUUAACAGAGUGUGUGAUGAGCUGCAGAUCUACUGCUCGCGCUGUACCCCUGAACAGCUUUACGAGUUGAAAUCUAAUAGUGUUUUGCCCCACUCGGCCUUCUCUUGUGGGUUGAUAACGCAGACUGAUGCGGAGAGGCUGUGUGCGGCUCUGCUGCACACUCCGCAAGGCUCUCGGCCGCACAAACUGUCCGGGUACCGCGUCUACCACGAGUGCUUCGGCGGCAGCCGUGGGGUGUUUUCGUCCGAUUUAAACCUAGUGCAAUGUUUGGAGUGCCGUGCUAUGUACAGUCCGCGGCGGUUUGUCUGCCACACGCACGCCACGGAGAACCGAACCUGCCACUGGGGCUUCGACUCCGCGCGGUGGCGGCGUUUCUUAUUAGUGGCGGAUGAGGAACAGGACAAGGAGAAGUGCGCCGCGUUGCUGGACGCUCUGGACGUGGACGAGCCGCAGAUCGUCGUUCCUCUUAAGCACGCUUUGAAGCGAAAACAGGUGGUGGACACGGUGGUGUGCAAGCCGGAGCCCCCGGAGUCGCCGCCGAAGAAGGCGCGCGGCGACGACUACGGCUAUGCGCUGUACGUGGACCCCUACCUGCACUACCGGGCGCUGUCCGCCUUCCGGCCCUGGGGCAAGCGCGAGCCCGCGCUGCAGCACCCCGAGCGCGUCGUGCGCGUCGCCGACUGCACGCGCUUCGAGCGCGACUUCCAGCCCAACGUGGCGCUCAAGCCGCACACGCCGCCCGCCGACGACGUCACGUCUUCCACCUCCCCGCCGCCGCACGCCGACCCCGAGCUGGCCGCGCGCCUGCUGGACGCCGAGGCGCGCUUGGCCGAGCUGGCGCGCCAGCUGGACGAGCGGGAGUCGGAGCUGCUCCGGCGGGAGGCGCGCCUGGACGCGCGCGAGGCCGAGCUGGCGCGCCGCGAGAGCCUCGCCAAGCCGCGCCCCGGCGCCUCGCCCCCCCUCCAGGACCCGCCCUGUUGACCGACGACCGUCAUCACCAGGCUCCGCUCCCGCUGACGCGACGCGUCUCCAAAGUACAAAAGAUUCGCUUGAGAAAGCGCCUGUAAAUAUCCUUCCGGGACCGACCCGCUCUUUAUACUUUAUACUCUUACAUUUUUUGUAGGUACGGUAGUUGAGGCGGUUUACCACUGGACACUUUCCGAUGUACAUAAUCAUAUCAAGUACAGUUUUCUGAAGUUAUUUAAGUUAUUUUUGUACACUAUAUUGUACACUUGUAGUUUCUUCGUCGUGCCAUCUGCAAGGUACCUCUGUUACCUGGACCUCAAUCUGUGCUUUUUUCAAUAAUUAUCAGAAUACUCACAUAAAUAUAGUGAAAUAGAUUUAACAUUUACAACCAUAAGCAUAAUUUAUACAGGGUUAUUUUUAAAUUUAUUUGCAAUAGGUUCGUACGUUAAUAUUUAAAUAGUUUCAGUGUUGCCCGUUCUGUGUUGCCCGUUCUGUGUCGCUUCCGGGACAAAAUGGCGGGAACAUUCAGGUUUUAAAGUACAUUACGAGAAUACUGCUGAGAUUAGUUAACUUCUUUAUAUUUUUCUACGCUAAAUAACUCUGUAUAAAACCUCAAACCAUACCAAAUAAUAAUAAAAUAGUAAUCGCACUCAUACUAUAGUACCCUCACGAUAAAAAAAUAAGCGAAGGUUGUAUGGAUAUGGUGGAGAUAAAAAGGACUUGACAAAAAUGUUUCUUCAGAAUAGUAAAGUUUUGUGAAAUAAAGUUGUGCCUGACGUCAGCUAUUUUAUACUUAAGUAGGAUAAGAUGUCUUUACUGUGCGAAUGAUGUGUUCAUUCAUACCAUUAUUUAAUUUAUAUGUUGAUUCUUUUUAAUUCAUAUUGAGUUAUGCAUUAUUUUUGAAAUGUGCUGGUAACAUUUUAAUCAGUGGACUUUUUUAUUUGGCCAAAAUGGCCCCCUGCAGAUGACAGUUAUUUUUUUAAAGCAUCAUUCGCUCUGUGAGGAACUACGCCUUAUGCCGAACGGUAUGGGAGGCCAACAAAUUUUUAAACCUUAAAUAAGGGAAAAUCCCGCAUUCUACCUCAUUGUAAAUAAAAUUAUAUUUGGCUAAAAUAAGGAGGAGCGUUGGUUAAUUCUUUUUAGAUUUAAAAUUGUUUUGAUUUGGAGCAAUAAAAAAUCACUGCCCGAGACAAAAUGUACGUUCAUUUGUAUAAAUAUUAAUAUUUGUAAGCUUCGUGUUACUGUUUCGUAAACGCUCAUAAGCGGUAAACUACGACGCCUUUUUUAAAUUAUUGGUAAUUUCCAAUUUGUUAAUCCAUAUCUGUUCAUAAAGUGAGGUUAUUGUACAUCCAUGUUUCAAGAAAUGUGCGCAUUAUACUUAUUGAUACAUGUUACAGAAUAAUCUAGCAGGGUCGUUUAUUUAGGCCAAGUGUAUGUCUAAUAGGAUAGGACUAUAAACUUUUUAGUAUGACAUAACUUUCACCACCAUAGUAGACAAAAUCAAGGCAUACACUUUCGGUUGAAAAUAUCACAAUGCCCCCUGGCGUAUUAUGAUCAAUCGUUUCUUGUAACAUUUUGUGGAUCUGUGAAGGGAACUUUCUAAAGUUAUUGUUUUUCUACAGCCAUUUUAUGGCCUUUGCCAGUAACAGUGCAUUUUUCUUUUAGACCAUAAUCAAUUUUACCUAUGAGUAAAAUUUUGUUACUUGUAAAUAUUUGUAUUUUUACUAUUCAUGUACAUACAGUACGCAAUACGUGUGAAUCCCAUUUUUUCUAAUGGCAACAUUUUUAUUAGUGAUUCUUAUUUUGUCUAUGACUUUAAGGACGUCUCAAAUUUAAAAAAGUUACGAACUAACGUCUCGGCCGAGAGAUGGCGCGAAGCGCAAUGAAAAUUGUGUGUGUCAUUGUAUUAGUUAUACAUUUGGAAAGUGGAAUAAAAUUUCACUUUUUUUAAAAGUGAAUAUAAUUUUUUAUCUUUGGCAAAGCUCAAAUGCCACAAAUUGUGAAAACUUCUGAUUAUCUCUUCUUAUUAAAGAGUGCUAUGUUAAAAAGUAGAGUAAGUUAAGUUUCAUUUGUAGGUUAGGCUAUAUCUCUAGUCAGAGACAUUUUGAGAAAAUAAUUACCAUUUUACUUAUUAAUAAUAUAUUAUUACCACAAGCGAGUGUAAUGAGAAUAACUUAUUGUUUAAAACAUAAACUUAGAGUUAAUUUAGACACGGACUGUAUGUCGGUAAUUCGGUAUAUAUAAUUGAAGUAAAGUAAGCUGUUGUACUGAAACUUUUCUGUCAGUACCGUUGUUAACGUUUUGGUGCUAUGAUAUUUUGGCUUGGCAAACUAAAUAGUUUUUAAUUGUAAAUAUAUUUUUAGUAUUUAUUGGCAACUAUUUCUUUUCUACUAAUUAGUUAAUGAAGUUUUUAAUGUAUUAUGAAAUUUCUAUCCGGGUUUUGCAAAUUUAAAAGUUAAACAUGGCUUAGCCAUUGUCUGUGACUUAACCUAAAGUGUCGCUUUAAUUCGUAGCGUAGGUUGUAAUGUAUCCAUUGUGCCGAUGGAAAAGUUUCACAAACGGUCUCUCACUGUCUUGUUAUUGAGAAAUAUUUUAAUGGUGCUAAAUAACAAGUGUAUUCUUUUCUGGGAUAACUCUGAAGGUUGUUUUUUAAUUUCUUAAAACCUUUGUUAAACCUAAGCUAAGAUAGUGAGAGACUUGCGGUACAUGUAAAUAACGUAUUAUAAGUACGAUGUGGUACGUAUGCCAGGCUGUUAAAUCUAAACUCUAGGGUAAGGCGCGAUAAAAACAAUUGUCUACGGUUCUUUCGUUAUUGAAAAUUAGAUUACCUUGAUGUCAAUUUGGCGCCUAAUUACUCGCACAGUCAACAGAUGGCAGUAGUAUCAUUAAAAGUGUAUUGAAAAUUAUCUGUGCGCAGUACUUCUUGCCUAAAUCUACCCUAAUUUUAUUACUGGUUUUUAAAUCAAAAUUUAAAUAAGACGAAAGGAAAAGACAAAGUUUUUAUUGUGAUUGGUGAUUUGCCAGGGUAUAAAGUACUCCUGUGAUCUCAAUGAACGUGCGUUAACGAAAUACAUCCAUUUGUUAAAAAUUGUGAAAGUCGCAAAGUAAAAGUAAACAACAGUAAACGACUGCUGUCAUUUUUAAAUGGUUGCCUUUGGGAUGGUAAAGUCGAAAAAUGUCCAGCUAGAUUAGAAAACACAUUAUGAACACCACCCAAAAUUACUCUCUUUUUGAAUCUAUUUUAAUUAUUGGAUUAUAGUGAAUAUACCUGCUUUGCAUAUUUUUCCUCAAUUAAUCCGCUACCCUAUGGUUAUCUCGGAGAAGUCACUCAGACUAUGAAACCGCUUGUCAUAUAUUCUCUUUUAAUUUUUGAUUUGGACUAUUUAUUAAUGUUUUUUUUUUAAGGACCUUUAUAAAAAAUACAUAUCGGCCCAUUUUACUAAUGUUGUUAUGUGCAAUAUGUUAAUACCUUUUUUUACAUAUUACAUACAUACAUAAAUCAUAAAUCACGCCUGUAUCCCAUAAAGGGGUAGGCAGAACACAUGAAACUACUACAGCUUCAGUGCCACAUAUUACCCACAUAUAGUUUUUUACAUAUUGUGUUUUCUAAAUGGCUUAGGUAUGAAUGAAGUCUUGUUCCGUGCCAAUAUUAUUUAGCAGGCAACAUUACGGAGUUACAUUAAAUAUGCACUUAAUUAGUCACUUAGUGACAGUCGAACACCACAAUAAAUGAAUUUUUUCUACUUUUAUUAUAAAUUCUAAACUGGAUUUUGUCUUUGUGAAUAUUAUUUGUCGAUGUAACAGCAUUAAAAUGACAGUAGUAUUUUUUAAUGGCACCCACGCUCUGGAUUCGGAGCGUUUUGCCAGAUACAGUAGUAUAACAGUAUGCUUUUGCCUAAGCUUUAUUAUUAGGUCAUAAUUAAAAAGUAAAAUUAAGGGUACCGCGUUUGAAACGUUCUAAUAUUUGUCACUGCCUUGUUAAAUUUGUUGUUAUUAUGUAUAAAAGUUUGCCGUUCCUUUCAGUGAUGUAAUUCUUAAUACGUAAAUCGUUUUGGAAGCAAGUCAUCAAAAGCGAGUGACAGAGUAGAUAUUGUUUCGAUUUGUAAAUUCAUCUGUUUGGACGAAUUAUUUGUUGUGCAUUUCUUUUUCUUAUCAGUAUGGCAGGAGUUACACCAUAAUAAUGCCAUAAACCUAUCCAUGCACACAUUACACACCCAAUAAAGUUUUUUAAACAUACUUAAAUAGCAAUGUAGAGGGACCAGAAUUGUGUUAUCUAUAUUAGUACGGCUGUAUUUUUAUGCAUUUUAAACUCGUCAUCAUGAUUCCAAACUUUCGAUACUAACACAGAUGAAUUUACACCAUACGCGCGUUACAUGCCUCGGCUCGUAUUGACAUGAGUCUACAGGAAACUCAUCACACUUGAACUUAGUUCUUCCAGUUUUUAAUAAUGCGGAAUAUCUUGCCCAGAUUCAAAUAAGUCCAAAUUGAGAAGGCUGUUGCUGUACUGGCUGUUUGGGCAGUUAUUGGUGGCACUUUUAUUUUUUUCUUUUGUGCUAGCAACACUAACUGUCACUUGUAUAUAAGUUAGUUUUUUAUGGAGUAUUGUUUUUUAACUUGGGGUUUGUGGUUAAGAUUACUAGAUGGCGCUGGUGUCAAAGAAAAAUUAUAAAAAUAGAGUAAUCAGCGUUUUAUAGAAAAUAUACUAGCGACAUCUAGUGAUUGUUCGCUGUGUUAACCCACGUUAGUGUUUAAAUUUAGAGACUGUAACAGUAAAUUAUUUUCAAAUCGACUUUAAGCCAGUCUGGUUAUGAAAUUGUGUGUGUUAAUCAGAAAAUUGUUUUAAGCUCUCUUAGACAUCAUUUGCACUUCUCUUCUCUUAGACUUAUAAAGCUAAAGCAAUAUUUAAAACAUCUAUUUCACUAGUGCAAAUGAUUUCUAAUUUAAAAAUAGUUUCUCCCCGUUAAGUAAAUCUAAAAUAAAACUAUGUAGCGGUGACAAAAGAUCGUAUAUGUAAAGUACCUGAUAGUUUAGAAGUUAAGGUGAAGACUCUGUUAUGCACACACAUGUCCAUAACAUGUGGUUUUGAAGUGUGUUUUUACCAGAAAAAAUGCUUAUAAAUACCUUGUGGAGCAAUAAAAUGAAAUGAUUUCCAAAA